AUGAACUUUGGCCGCGGUCCCUCGGUGGUGUUGAACGUCGGGGGCACCCGGUACUCCUUCUCCCGGGAGGUUCUGAAGGAUUUCCCGCUGCGCCGGGUAAGCCGCCUGCACGGCUGCCUCUCGGAGCAGGACGUUCUGGAGGUGUGCGACGACUACGACCGGGAGCGGAACGAGUACUUCUUCGACAGACACUCGGAGGCUUUCGGCUUCAUCAUGCUGUACGUCCGGCACGGCCACCUGCGCUUCGUGCCGCACAUGUGCGAGCUCUCCUUCUACAACGAGAUGAUCUACUGGGGGCUGGAGGGCUCCCACCUCGACUACUGCUGCCAGCGCCGCCUCGACGACCGCAUGUCCGAGACGUGCACCUACUACGCGGCGGAGGAGCCGAACGGCGGCCCCGAGGGCAAGGGCCGGCGACCACCGGGAGCCGAGGGCAGGAAGUGGCUCGAGAGGAUGAGAAGGACUUUUGAGGAACCCACGUCUUCCGUGGCCGCCCAGGUCCUGGCCACCGUCUCCAUCCUCUUCGUCAUUGUGUCCAUGGUGGUGCUGUGCGCCAGCACCCUGCCCGAGUGGCGGGCGCCGGAGAAUCGCAGCGUGGAGGAGCAGAGCAGGUACACAGCAGAGUCAGUGAGGGAGCCCUCAGGGAUAAUUGAAGCUAUCUGCAUAGGCUGGUUCACUGCAGAAUGCAUUGUGAGGUUCAUCGUCUCAAAAAAUAAGUGUGAGUUUGUCAGAAGACCUCUCAACAUCAUUGAUUUGCUGGCAAUUACUCCUUACUACAUCUCUGUUCUAAUGACAGUUUUCACUGGGGAAAAUUCACAGCUUCAGAGGGCUGGAGUCACCUUGAGGGUCUUAAGAAUGAUGAGAAUCUUUUGGGUGAUUAAACUGGCCCGUCAUUUCAUUGGCCUUCAAACACUUGGUCUGACUCUGAAGCGUUGUUACAGAGAGAUGGUGAUGCUACUUGUCUUUAUCUGUGUUGCUAUGGCAAUUUUCAGUGCACUUUCACAGCUUCUUGAAAAUGGGCUGGACUUGGGAACAAAGAAUAAGGAUUAUGCCAGCAUUCCUGCUGCUUGUUGGUGGGUGAUCAUCUCAAUGACCACAGUUGGUUAUGGUGACAUGUGUCCCAUCACUGUACCAGGAAGGAUUCUUGGAGGAAUUUGUGUGGUUAGUGGCAUUGUUUUAUUAGCCCUGCCAAUCACUUUCAUUUAUCACAGCUUUGUGCAAUGCUACCAUGAGCUCAAGUUCCGAUCUGCUAGGUACAGUAGAAGUCUCUCUGCUGAAUUCUUAAAUUGACCCAACUUGCAU